AUGAGCCCAAGUUCACCAAAAGCGGCCUCAGUUAGUACGCUCAUAUUUUCCGGUGGCGAUGUUGGAAGCGGCUACUCAUACGAAACUCAAAUAUGCGAAGGCGACCACCUGGCAGAACUCUCCAACUUGAACUACGAUCAGGAGACAGGAGAUGCAUCUGACAAGGAGGCCGUCAAUAUAUAUGUCCAACUUUUUGAAGACAUGCUCAAGACUUUGGUAGAGACUGAGGGACAUUUAUUCGACCUUUCAGAACUCGAUUGCUUCCAGAGAUACGACAGACUUUCGCCAAGCGCAAAGUUUCUUACGACGAAGCUUCUCCUGCGAAAACCCAAUGCAUGGCACCGUCUAGACUCGCUCAAAUAUGAAGCUGAAAUAGGCAGCAAAGAAGGGCUUAUUCAAGCUAUCGACGAGAUAUGCUUUGUACCAGGUCAAAUAAAAGUAGACGCUAUAGACGAAGGGGCCACCGACAUGGGCGUAGAGAGGGAAAUAAUAGACCUCACGGAUGAUGUCUACUCACCACCUUACCUGCCUUCACACAUUCCUCAACCUCAGGAAAUACCUACACCGCACUUGCAUCAACCCGCACCACCACCACCCUCCACUAUCAAGACUGAGGAAGUCCCAAUACCCCUAGGUGCAACGCUCUCUGCCGCAAAUGCUGUUGCUGGUCCCUCUUCUAUAAAACUUGAAGACCUUCCUAUGGCUGACACCAAGCUUAUGAACUAUAUUGAAACACUCUCAGAGCCCGUAGGCAUCCUAGCAGAAGACGAGUCUCAAAUGGAUCUUCCUGCCCUCCUUGAGUGCCUCAGAGUCGACGAACUACGUUGCAUCGCAAAGCAGAUGCGUGUCAAAGCUAGUUCAAAACCCGAAAUGAUACAUGCCCUUCUAAGAGGUUCCUGCACUCAGUCAACACUAGUAUCAUCAUUCGCCUGUGCUACGACGACGUCCAAGAUUCGAUCGACAUCCAAAAUUUCUACAACUUUCACAUCAACAGCCAUUUUCCGACAAACUAACCUCCCUUUCGGUCGCGAGACAGCCCAGAAACGACUGCGCGAUAUUGUUCUCGGCACACUCGGCAAGACUCAAUCCUCCCAGAGUCUUCUUCUGCCCGCCCUGCUUUCGCGGUUUAAGAAGCGUUCCUACGCAAGCAUAGCCUGCAUACGUACGAAGGACAUCUGGCCUACACGUGAUGCUCUUCUCGCUUAUGAACAAGCGCUUGAGCAAGAAGAAAUUGUAGAUGCUGUGUUCGCCGGGAACUUUGCAGCAGUGGGAGCCGAGAGGGAAUUCAAGACACCAGCUGCAGAUGAACUUCGAUUCAAGACACCAGUCACGCCCACUGCUGCACCUGGAACACCGCAAACACUGACUUCUACGAAGAUUGUGCAGACCCCUGUGUCAAAUACCUUUACAACGCCUGCUUCAAAUGGCAAGGGCAAGCCGCAAUCUAGAUCUGGUGUGUCUGUCAAGACUGAAAAAUUAGAUUCUGUGCGUGUGCGUGGGGCGCGACUAGUUAAGGAGAUCUUCGAGGAGGUGUACCCGCACUGGCAAGCUCUGGUGAAGAUGAAGAGUGAAGGUGGUCUUGAGGGGAAAGAGAGGGGGUAUGGAUUGGAGAGAUUUGAGAGCGGGCACGUCCUAACCCGCCUCGUUUGUAAAGGCGCGCAUGCGCUCGGUAUCCUCGAUGAAUACGAAUAUGAACUCAGUGUUCUCGAGUCCCUGCUUGCGCAGAAUCGGUGGCGUCGUGGACGACGUGGUAGGUGGCACGAGCGCCGGGCGCUGAUCCUAGAGAGAUAUGUAGCCAGAAAUGAUGACGCGCUUUCGGCGUGUCUUGAUGCUCUAGAAGACGAUGAUACGCAUAUUGUCUUUCGUCCCAAACUUGACCGUCGCUUGACAGCCCUUGAGAAAAAGCUCAAACUUGAUCCUGCAGACCGACAUACGAGUGAAUGGAGCCUCCAACCCCCUGUGUUGGUCUCCUUUGAAGGAGUGCGUGUGCGCCACCGUGCAGCGAGUUUAAAACUCGAUCGUUCUGGGAGGAAAAUCAACGACACCGCCAAACAAAAAGUUUCUAUCACACCAGCAGGAGACAUCACUAAAUUUUUGUCGCCAAAAAAACCUGGCAUUACAAAAGUGGAUGCGACGCCUGUCUCGAUCAAAGCCGAAACCAGGGAACGGAAAGAAGAGAAAGGAAAGUCCAUCUGGGUCGGACGAGAUAACCUAGAAGUGAAUGUCGAGACACUCGCGCUACAAUGGUACGAGGACCAGGGGUUCAAAGGCAUACACUCAGAAACUAGAAUUAUCACUACCCUCUUUGGUAUCCUCUUCUGGGAUAUCAUCUUCCUCCCCAUCCCCGGUGCCUUUGAGACCCCUUUCCAGACUGCACCGUUGGAUAUGGCGGAAGACUCAUUUUAUCAUGCUCGACGAGAUCCCAUCGAAAUAAGGCUCAAGGAACUCGAGGAUGGACAAGGAGAGGAAAUUGUGAACCGAGUGGAAGCAGAGCAUAGAGCGCGCAAGACGUGGUGCGUAGGUGUAGAUUGGGAGUUAGUGGAGGAAGGGGAGAUCGUAGAGAUAGUUCGUUGUCUUGGCGGGACAGCGCUGUCUAUGAUAUGCCACCUUCUUUGUGAAGACUAUGCUGGGCGCCGCUCCGGCGGGCCAGAUCUCUUUGUGUGGAAUGCGGAUACAGGAAAAUGCAAGUUCAUUGAGGUUAAGGGCCCAGGUGAUACUCUUCAGGAAAAUCAGAAGCUCUGGAUCGACGUCCUUCUCCGAGCUGGAGCAGCAGUAGAGUUGUGUUCAGUUUACGAGCAGGGUAAAGGGGAUGAGCACAAGACAGGGAAGAAGGGGAAGUCGAAGGGAAGCACCAAGAAGCGGCGAGGCAAAGCCAAGGAUACUAUCGAAUCCGACUCCGAAGAAGAGGAGGUGGAGCGCAUGUGCGAAUCUGAGGACGACGCUGAUGCUCUGCCCGUUGUACCAAUCCCCGCGCGCAUGGACGACGUCCAAGACGAAGGAACUUCCUCUAGAUAUUCUACUCGUUCACGAUCCUCCGCAUACACUCCAACACCGAGUCGUAUGCCUGCAGCUACUAUGAUCGAACCAUCAACUCCCCCAUGUUCGCCCAAGAAGCGCAAGUUCAUCGCCGAAGUCGUUAUUUCCACCCCUAGCCCCAGGAAGAAGAUCAAGUUCUCGCAGAAUAGCGACAGUCCCGAAGUUUGA